AUGCAUUCUUCACUGGUUAGAGUAAUUUUGGCGAUUUUUUUGCUCAAAUUUAGUGAUUGUGAAGAAAUUAGUUUCAAAAAUGUGACACUUGUGGAGUGGGAAAGCACUGCAAGAAUCGCAGUGGCGGCUUCUGAUAAUUUGAAGAAAAAUAUUGUUAGUAAGGACGAAGUGUCAGUGCAAGUUGAUGGUGUCGUUCCCAUUUUAUAUGAAACGUCGGUUUUUGAUAUACCGAAUUUGAGAUAUCUGACACUGUCGAGUGUGGGUUUGGAAGAAAUCAAACCAGGAGCUUUUGAAAAUUUACCACUUUUGAACCAUUUGGAUUUGAGUUGGAAUAAACUAACCGAAAUCGAAAGUGGCACUUUUAGUCAUCUACAUCUGUCUCAUAUUUACUUGGAAAGUAACUCAAUCAGAAUUCUACACUCUGGAGCUUUCAAAAAUAUAACAAUUCGCGACUUACACCUAGCCAAAAACGAACUUACCGAAUUUCCAACUGGUGUUUUUGAAAAUGUGUCCAUUACAAACUUAUUUCUGGAAUUUAAUCACUUGCGUACCAUUUCACCAAACUCAUUGUCCACCAUUUCCUUGAAAAGUUUGCGCCUCUCCAGCAACUACCUGAAGAAAAUCGACCCAGAAGCUUUCAAUAUUCCGACACUAGUAUCACUCGAUUUGAAUUUCAACUCAAUCAAGCAUCUACAACCUGGAGAUUUGAAAAAUUUGCCUGAACUAGACGAACUAAACCUAGUGGAAAAUCGGUUGGAAGAAAUUCCAGAAGGAGUUUUCAACAACACCAAAAUCACUUAUCUCACUCUAGCUUACAACAAGAUUGGCGAAAUUGCGACGAAAGCCUUUGACGAUAUGCCGUAUCUCAAAACGUUUGAUAUUGGUCACAAUAAACUAACCCAUUGGGACAACAACUGGCUGGGUGGAACAUCCCAACCGGCUUAUGUCAAGGCUGAUUCCAACCAGCUGUCUGAGCUUCCAGACGAAGCUUUCAAGAAUUAUCCUCGUUUGACUUUGCUUGAUCUAAGAGGCAAUAAAAUGAAGAAAAUUUCGGCCAAAGCUCUUCGUAAGUUGGACAAAGUUGGCAAUUUUUUGUUGUGUUGCAACGAGAUUGACAGCUGGGGUUCAGAUUCGUUGGGUAAUGUUAGUAUUGGUAAUUUUGACCUUAGCAAGAAUAAACUGAACUGUAUUGAUGGAGAUUUGGACAAAGUGUUCGGAAAUGUUGUCGAUUUGGUACAUUUGUAUGGUAACCCAUGGGACGAGGGGUGCAUUUUGAAGAUCGAGCACUUUACGAAGAUGAAGAUUCACUCUCUUCGUGCUAAGCUGAAUCCUUCUUUCCAAUGAAGUUGUAAAAUAUAAUUUGUAAUGUAGUUUUCUUGCAAUAAAUGUCGUGAAAAUUU